CGCAGCAGUGGCAGGGACGAGCGACUUCCAUCUCCAGGAGCACGCAAGGUCGUCCGUCGUUUAUGCAGUCCCCGGCCCCGGUGUGUGCUGCGUCCAACCUGGGACGUCGACGUGGCAUUGUCGAGGAGGGGGGGGGGUACUUGGACGACGUCGUUGACGACCACGACGGGCGGUUAGUGUGGGCGGAGGAGCGACGGAAGAUCAGGGAGGGGCGAGAGGAAGCAAUCAAGCGGGGGGUGGAGCGGCUGAGGAUGGACAGGCAGGCGGAAGAAGUUGAGGAGCCACAUGCGGGGCUUCCAUCCGAAGACGACGACGACGACGGCGCAGGAGAAGCAGGAGACGGGAACGGCGGUUACGCGGCCUCGCCAUCGCAGAACAGCGACGGGGGGGGGAAGGGCAGCAAGACGAAGGCGACGAGCGAGAACGGUCGUGGGCGGCUGAAGAAAGCGCAAGCAAAGGCGAACGACGGAGAAGGCGACGGCGAAGCAGAGGAGAAGCGAAACUUUUGGAUUGGUAAUGCCGACGUCGGUGCGGGGGGGGAAGAUGAGGAUGAGGGAUCGACUCGUGGUUCCUCCCAGACGUCGGGCAGCCCUCAUGGUUUCGGAAAGAGGAAGAGCACGCGGCAGCAGACGUUCAAAGCAAUGACGGAGUGCAUGGACAAGCACGGUGCGUUGAUGGCGGCCACGAUGGAGAGUGCCAACAACCGGCAAUGCAGCAUUCAACUACAACAAUGUGAGGCAUUAGAAGCUGAAGUGCAGGGGAUGGACUCGGGGCGUGUGUCUUAUGAGCGUCUGAAGUCCCUGGCGGAGGCGAUGAGGUACUUGCUGGCGGCGGCGGCGUGGAUAAUGAGGAUGGCUGGGGACGACACAAGAUCGCACUUCGACGCCUGGGUUUUCGUGCAGUUGACGUCGAAGACCACCCUUCUUGCUGCCAUGGAUCGCCAUUUUGACUCCCGUCGUCAUGUCUUGCUAGCCGCAACUGUGAUGACGGAGAAACUGGGAAGACCGCCUCCGACCUUCGCUCCCCCCCCACUGUACAUCCCCGACAUGGCAUCAAAGUGCGGCGACACCUUUGUCGUCGUCUUUCCCUCACCGUCAUGGAAGCAACGAAGACGGAUUGGCUCGGCAUAGGCCCCCCUGAGGAGGAAGACUCGGAUGACGACGAUGUUGAUGGCGCCGAGGGCGGGUGAUAGUGGGAGUGGAAGUGGAUGGACUGCCGGCGAGGGCGGGCGAUCGUUCGCGGAAGGAUUUAGUAAAAGUCGGGGGCAAGG